CUCCCAUUAUUCUGCCUACCCUCUGCAGUUCAACACCAUCCCCAUCGCCUUUCCACAGCCUCUGCGACCUAUCUCAUUACCGGCCUUCACUCAAGCGCCCCGAUGUGCAUAUAGAACCGCCGUCGCACCGGUCCCCGCGCGCACCCCGCCGUCCAUGACACGCCCAUAGAGCCGAAGCACGACUCCGCCGUCGCGCGACCACCGAACCUACCUUCACCACCUCCUCCGUCGCCCGCGAACCUUUCCGUCGCUGCUUCCACCAUGGCGCAUCCUUACAAUAGCCAGUACCAGCAAAAUCUGGGAAACAUGCCUCCGAUACAGACCCAAGUCCAUCCGCCGCAACAGCAGCAGCAGCAACAGCAGCAGCCUGCCCGCCCCUUCUCCCCGCACUCAUACCAGCAAUCUCCCAGCGCCAUGUCUCCCACCAUGAGCGGUAUCCCUCCCGCAAAGCGCCAGCGUGUCUCGCCCCAUCCGCCGUCGCCCUAUACGUCCCCCUUCAGCAACUCACCCUACGCCCCGAUGCACUCUCCCUACAGCGCUGGCUCCCCGCAGACGCAGACGCAGACCAACCAGUACUUCGGCCCGCCGCCUCCUUCAGCCACGCCAGCGUAUCAGACACCGUCCUUCAACCAGCCUCAGCCAUAUCAUCACCCCAGUGAUACGAACUCGCGCUCGCAGCAGACGUCGAUGCCACCUCCGAAGGUACCGGCGAGCAAGGCCCAGGAGGGGGAAUUGGAGAAGGCGAAUGCACGGGACUUGGAUGUCAAUAAUAUCAGCGACGUACUUACAGGAUCGGGCAUCGAUUUGCGCGCCGAGGAGGAGUAUCUUACUCAAUCGUUUGGAGCUCGGAAAGAGGAUACUUCAUUUUCCCAGACUUCGGGAUCCACGCUCUCACCGCAUGGCAGCUUCAAUCAGUGGGGUCAAGCGGGCGCACAUGGAGCCUUCCAGGGCACCGGUCCUCUCAGCCAAAAACCCCUGACCGAAGAGGAAUUGAAGGCCGAGCUGCUAAGGAAACAUGAGCGAGCUGCCCGUGCCCUAGCAGAGGCUGCACAGGCUCCGCUUACGGAUCCCUUCCUGUUGGCGGCCAAUGUUAGGCAGCGCAUAGCCCAACGCGCCUAUCAGCACGGCAUACAAGUCAACCUGGAGGGUGUCUUUGAUAGAAUCCCUGACGCCCCGCAAAACGUGAAGCGUUCCGCUGUCACUGGUCCCAACGGCGAAACCAUCAUUGCUUUACAGUCGGACAGCCUUCUGAACCAGAAUGCUCCGUUUGUGGAGCUCUUAUCACUGAUCUCGUUAGCCGCGGAGGAGCGGGCGCGCACCGUUCUCGAAGAUGCAUUUGCCCUGGCCCAAACUCGACAGAUCACUUCCCAUGGCAUUGUCCCGCCCAGUCUGGCUGACAUCGCUCAAGCGAACGGAGAGGUCAAGUCAGUUACCGCGUUGCCUACGAAUAUAUCCAAAACCGCGUGGGAGGGCCCGGAUGGUGUGGUCAGUACCAAGGCGGUCGCACGCAGUAAUCAUAUCGGUUCAGCUCGACUUCCGACGCCACCCACAGAGGCUCCGCCGACACCUCAGCCGACCAUAUCCUUUUCAAAUCCCAUUGCGAAUGCUCUCAAGAGGAAAGUGAACGAGGAUUAUAAUUACGAAAAGGCGCGGAUUGCAAAGCGCCAGAAACGGCUGCAAGGCUCGGCAGCGGCUACACCAGAGGUACCCUCGGCGGCACCCAUCGUGCCCGAGAAGAUGACCAAGAAAGAGCGGGAUCGGUUGAACAAAGCCGGUCAGACGGAGGAAGUGCUGCACCGCAAGGCGAACGAGACGGCCAGUAUGGCUCUCGGUGGCAAGAAGAAAUAUGCCUGGAUGUCAGCGGGUAGCGGUGGUGGAGGCGGUUUCGGAUCCGGUGCUUCGACCCCACGUCUGAGUGCCGCUGCGGCGGGUUCUGGUGCUAGUACGCCGGCGCAACCCCAGGUUGACCGCGCGCUGCUCGGCACGAGGAGGAAUUACGGUGGACCGCUGGAGUCGUCGGACUAUGCGCGUAAGAUCCAGAUUCGCGAUAUCAUCCACGUGCUGGAUCUGGAUGGGAAACAGAAGAAGACGCUGGUGUCUAUCCUGGCAAGGCUGAAGAGUACGGACAAGGAUGAGGACAAGCGGCCGGUGUCUGCGCGUUAGCAGUGGGGUGUCGCUGGUGUUCCGUGGCGACAAUUCGAAGGAUCUGAAGGAUGAGGGGAGGUGAUCAACGGGCGUACUCCGUAUAUGCUUCAGCAAUUUGGGGGG